CCAUUCCUUCCAACAACAACCACCAACCAAAACAAAAAGCCGACCUGCAAGAUGGACAACGCCUGGCAAUCUCAAGACAUUGCACCAUCUGCUUCCGGCAAUAGCAUUAGCAUUCCUGCUCAGGACAUUUCUAAUGGAGGUGGAAGCCAGGACGAGUCUUCCUUUUCCAAUGGUGCCCCUGCACCUAGAAGGUCGAGGAGCAGAAGUCCAGGUGACAGAGGUCGUGGUUCGCCUGAAGAAGCAAACAAUCCCGGAAAUAAUCUUCACGUUUCGGGAUUAAGCAAUAAAGUUGACUCCCGUGAUCUUGAGUCAGCAUUCGCCAAAAUUGGACGGGUCUCGAAAGCUUCAGUUGUGUACGACCCUCACACACGUGAAUCUCGUCUUUUUGGCUUCGUGACAAUGGAGACAGCUGAGGAAGCUGAGGCUGCCGUUACUGCUCUCAAUGCUUCAGAGUUCAUGGGUAAGGUAAUAACCGUGCAAAAGGCUCGCCGUGGCAGGGCAAGAACCCCGACACCGGGAAGAUACCAUGGACCAAGCAAACGUGCCUCCAACUUCGACCGACCUUACGACCCUCGGCCGUACGACUCUCGUUACGCGCGAGACUACGACGAGAAACGCCGGGGAGGUCGUUAUGAAGGGAGGAGAGGAGGAUAUGAUGAUCGUGACCGUGACCGCCACAGAGAUUAUGACAAGGACAAGGAUUACCGUCGUGAUGAUAGGGGACGGUAUGAUGACCGAGAGAAGCGUUACGACGAUAGAGAGAGGCGACAUGACGACAGGGAGAGGCGCUAUGAUGACCGCGACCGCAGGUACUGAUUAAACUACGUGCAUACUGAAGGUAUCCCACUCGUCAAAACCCC